ACUUACUCUCUCUUCCCCCUGCCACAAACUCUCUCUCUCUCUCUCUCUCUCUCUCUCUCCCUCUUCGGUGUCGCUCCUCCCACAUACAUUUCAAUCUUAGGGUUCCAUGGACUCCGAUUCCUGGAUUUCCACUCGUCUUUCUACUUCUUCACGCCGCUAUCAUUCUCGAUCUGAUCUGUAUGUGGAGGAUAGCGAAGGAGGCGAUGAUUUCAGGGCGGAGUUUCUCUGCCCUUUCUGUGCCGAGGAUUACGACGUCGUUUCCCUCUGUUGCCACAUUGACGACCACCAUCCUCUCCAAGCCAAAAACGGGGUUUGUCCCGUUUGCGGGAAAAAGGUGGGAACAGACCUUGUCGCACAUAUUACCACGCAACAUGGGAACUUUUUGAGGAUAUCCUUUUUGCGGCGUAGAAGGAGAGUCAGGAAAGGAGGCCCUAGUUCAACAUUUUCUAUAUUGAGAAAAGAGUUACGAGAAGGAGCCUUGCAGUCCCUACUCGGAGGUUCUUCGUACAUAGCUUCUUCCAAUUCUGAGCCUGAUCCUUUGUUGUCUUCAUUUAUGUUUAACCCAGUUGUGGCUGAUGAAAUUGUACCUCGUUCUUCCAUUGAAGAUGCCAUCGUGAAAGAAAGCUCAGAAGAAUAUUUCGUGGAAAGAAAACCUCAACAGAUACAGCUGUCGGAAGAGGAUCAAGUAGAGAAGUCUCGGAGGUUUGAUUUCGUGCAAGGGCUAUUGAUGUCCACCAUUCUUGAUGAUAAAUUAUGACCCAAUUUUUAGCUCGUAUGCCAUUACUGUGUUAGGAGCAGGAGCUGUAAUAUAAAGCACGAGAGAGAGAGAGUUUAUUCAUAAUGAUACGAAGUGGCAGUUGGUAUCGGAUAAAUAUGUAGUGUAUCUAUAGCUAUGUUCAUAAAAUGCAACCUUUUUUAUCCUGUUUGUGUUCUAUGCUAGUUCCGAAUAACUAAUGGAAAUAAAAUUUGUUCAACGAGCACGGGACCAAUUGCACAGUACAAUCUAGAGCAAUUUUUCGUUUUUCAGAUUUGUCUUUAAGAAUUUGCUCAUGAAAAAUGGUAAGGGACACUAGAGUGUCAAUUUGAGCUAAUCUUCCACAAUAACUGUAUAUUUAUUGUGGUAAGCUUGACGUGAAGUGGUGUUAAUAGGACUAAGUUUAACGGGUAAGAAAGUUAUUAAAUAUUUUAAAAGUACAUAAACAAAAUGUAUUUAUAUUAAACGGUGGAGUCCGGGACCAAGCACAAGUUGGUUAUACUUAUUUACUUCGUUUCAAAAUGUCAUUGUUUACGUUGCAUUAACGUAAGAAAGUUAUUAAAUAUGUUUGAAUACAGAAAACUAUAAAUGUAUUUUACAAAAAUCUCUGCUUUGAUAUAAUAUUAAAAAUAUUUUUUUUACUAAUAUAUUUUUGCAUUUUAAUUAAUAUAUGUAAAGGCAAGGAUAGAAAAUAUAAGGCUUUUUUAAUCUACCGAAAAGACAAUUUUAAACAAGUUAGUGCGUUUUUAAAUUAAAUUACUUUAAAGCCGUUUUUUUUUUUUCACAAUUUAUAGAGAAAGAUUUUUAAAGAGAAUAAAUGCUUUUAAUAUUACGCAAUUCCUACAUAUGUAGGUAGGGAAGGAUGACUUAUGUUCACAAGUUUUUACUUUGUUGAAGUUUCAUUAAUGAUUCAAGUUUUCAAAAUAUAUGAAACCUCUACAAAAGUAGUUUUAAAAAGAAAUAUUAAUAUAUUUAAACUCAAUUGUUACAAUUACUCGGCCUUUAGUUAUCAAUGUCCUUGAGCUUUAAGAACACUCAAAGAAGAUUUGCAUCGACCUCACUUCAAGGAGACAAGUCAGAUGCAAGACUCUCUCUUGCUUCACUCAACCAAUUCACUCAAUCAAUCCCUUGGAGCUAAAUUUACAAUGAAUAUAUUUCUGAAAUUAUAUUUUUAACAUUUUAGUUUCUUCAUAUCCAGUUGUUUCCUUCAUUCUAUUCAUUAUUUCUCUUCAGGAAAGAAGCAGAAACUGUUGGUUAGAGGCCUUGCAUCCUCUACA